AUGGAGCUCUUCCCAUUUCUGACAUCGUUUUUUGUUUUUUUUUCUGCCCUUGACGAUGCCACGUUUCACGUUUUGAAAAAAAAAUCAAUAUUUUUUUUCAGAUUCUUUUGGAUUCUCGCCAACAAUUCCUUUCGACAUCGUUAUUUGUGAUUCUUUUGCUGAUUUUGCCGACGAUUGGAGUGUAUUUUGUGGUUUUUAGAAUUGUGAGUUAGGGGAACUUUGGAAGCCUGAAUCUAAAAGCCUGGGCCUAAAUCCAGAAUCCUGAGCCUGGAAACCUUAACCUUUAAGCUUUAGUCUAGAAGCCCAGAAGCCGGAGCCUAAGCCUAGAAUAGAAUAGAAGCCUGAAUCUAAAAGACUGAGCCUAGAAGCCUUGGCCUAGUAAUCUUAGCUUGCAAGCCAUCUAGAAGAUUUAGUCCAAAAUACUGAAGCCUGAACUCAUAAAUAGAAAGCCUGAACGCAUAAAUCUAGAAGCCCAGAAGGCCAAGCCUAGAAGCCCAAACCUAACGAGCCUAGAAGCCUGAGCAUAAAAAUCUGAGCUUGAGCCCAGAACUCCACAAACCCGAACCCAAAAACAUUUUUUUUCAGUUCCGUUUGCUCGUCAAUCUGAUAAUGUUGACCUUCAACUUCUGCUCAACAUAUCCAUUCGGAAUUUUCGAGAACGACUACAAUUUUUUGCACCAACCACUAAAAUUAUAA